AGUAUUUGAUAACUUGAAGAGUGGAGGCAAGUUCUGUUUGGAAUACAAUGAGCGCAGUUGUGAUGUCUAGAAUUGCGUUCGUAUUGUUCCUGUUACUUCAUGGGCAUUUAUCCAAUGCCUGUACAGAAGAUGAACUAGUGUUCCUCCAAGUGGUAUCUCGACAUGGAAGCACAUCGCCUAAGUUCCUUUACCCUACGGAUCCUAAUCCCAAAGAAUUAUGGAAAGAAGGACUUGACGACUUGACGAUGCUAGGAAAAUUUCAACCAUAUGCUUUAGGAAGCUUUUUGCGAGCGAGAUACGAAAACUUCAUCACUUCUGAUCCUAUAGAGGUUGAAGUAUUCAGUUCUGCAAAAAGAGCUACUGUGAAAAGUGCGCAGUCAUUAGUUACAGCUCUAUACGCGCCCAAUCCAUACUGGGAAGUGGUCAAAAAUUUUUCUUGGCAGCCCAUCUACAUUAAGUACGAAAAUGAAGACGAAGGCAAGUACUUUUCCAAACCAUUUUGCCUCGCUGCAGAUACGGAAUAUGAACAACUUCUGGCUAGAGAUUCGGAUGUAAUCUUGCAGACAUAUCAGACAUUAAUUCAGUUUUGGCAGACGAAUAGUGGAUUAGAGUUGAAAAAUUUAGAAGAUGUAGAAAACCUUUUUGAUAUCCUGAAAACUGAAGCUACCUAUAAUUUGACAGUUCCAGAGUGGGCCAAAAAUUCCUGGACUGAUAUGCGUUACCUUCACGAUUUCUCUUACGCUUGGAAAUUCAAGACAAGGCAUUUGCAACGACUGCGAGGAGGUCCACUCGUUGAUUUAACUCUUAAAACAAUGAAGAAAAAAGCUGCGGGAGAGUUGGAAAAUAAGAAAGUCUAUAUCUAUUCUACGCAUGAUUUUAACAUUGCCGCCUUCCUGUCAACUAUGGGCAUGUGGAAUUACUUGAGACCUGAACCAAGCGCAACAAUUUUGAUUGAAUUGUACGACCAUGAAAAUAACUACUUCGUCCGAUACCUGUAUCUGAACUCUACUAUGCCAGAGAGAGAGCCACAGUACAUAAAUCUGUUGUAUGUCCCGGGAUGCGUCGAAUUCUGCCCACUGAGUUACGUAAUUAACUUGAUGAGCAAUAUGAUCCCAAAUGACUGGGAUGGAGAAUGCCUAUUACUGUAGCAAAGAUAUUUGAAAUAUGCCAUUUAAAAACUUCAUGCAUUUAAAUGUACUUUUGAGUGAAUAUUUUGCUACCAUCAAAAUAAAAUAAUUUGACACAUUGUU